AUGGAGAAGUGCCGUGAAUGGAGUGCGUGGAGAUUGGAAUAACAUUUCAAUCUAAACCAUCACACGGAUGUGGACGUCUGAGGUGAAGUAGAUGACCAUGUGUAGGCUUAUACAUGUGUAAUAAUAAUGUGGUAAGUGGUAGCCUGAUGCUUUGUAAUCACCAACGAUGGGUCAUAAUUUGGUUGAUCAGGCUGUGUUAUCACAUCACUGGAUGAAAACAAAUAAUUAUUAUGAUGUGUUUUACUGUGUCACAGUCAUAGAACUUCCGUUUGACAAAAGUGCUGACAAACCAUCACCACGAUUCCAACCUGGCCUAUUGACUGGCGCUGCCCUUCAGCUCCACCCAAACACGUGCACAAUGGUGUGUGCGGGUUUUUCUGUUCCCGCGUUUUGCUGCUUGGGUUAUAGACUUCAAUAUGGGUUGAACUUAUCUUUUUAGUACUUCCAUGGCCCACAGUAUAGGAACCAACUACUGGCGUGUUACACUAGUUGGUGCACUAGUGCAGUGUAGCGCGUCCUUAGCGCCACACCUAGCAGAGCAUCGGAGUAGGGGAAUUACUAUGCCCCCUACCCUCCCCCUCGUUGUAACAGCCUUAUGUGUUUUCCUUUUCAGCUCGUUUUGUUCCACCACUGCAAACCACGACACGUCCCCCAGACCGGAGAGCUUGUUUGGAUAUGGGAAGGACUAUUCAACUUGCCCCUAUGAAUUUAUAAAAAGUUGCUUUGCUGUUUCGAUUCGCCUAUUUGGAAGCCAUUUAUGCAGAUAGAGAAUGGGGUGCUGUUCAGGACGUUGUAUGCUGAUCUUCCUCUGCACUCUCCAAGUGAUGACAGCAUUGGAGAGGCAGGCUUUUGACUUCCUUGGGUACCAGUGGGCUCCCAUCAUGGUCAACUUCCUGCAAAUAAUCAUGGUUAUCCUCGGCCUCUUUGGCACCAUUCAGUACAGACCACGCUACGUUGUUCUAUACCUGCUGUGGACAUUACUGUGGGUGGCCUGGAAUGUCUUUGUGAGCUGUCUCUACUUGGACCUGGGAGGCCUUUCCAAGGAGAGCGACCUGCUAUCCCUGGGUAUAUCCCCACACCGUUCAUGGUGGAAAGACAACGGGCCAGGCUGUGACGACAGGGACCUUCCUGCCACUAGAUGGCAGAGUCUGGAGAGCCCAAAACUCAUCUAUGCUCUGGGAUGCUGGCUGGAAUACCAAUACAUAGAGGUCCUACAUUGUAUCAUACAACUCCUAAUCUCUCUCUUGGGAUUCGUCUAUGCCUGCUAUAUGGUCAGCACCUUCACUGAGGAGGAGGACAGCUUUAAUUUCAUUGGUGGGGUCCAUUAUCCAUCUAAACCAUCGCCGCUGUAUUUAUAGUGUACAAUUGGGCUACUAUAAGUAAAGGCUUGCAAGUGGGUUGAAAAUGACUGACAAGCAAGGAGGGCAGAAGAGGAACGAGUGAGUGAAAUACCUACUUUGGAAGAGUGAAAUCACAUCUCCAGUCACUGAAACAGAAGACAUUCCCACACUGCUCAAAAACAUAAUUCCUCAGCCUCCCGGCACUCUUAAUGCAUUCUAGCCUACACCAACAGUUCAGUGCAGUUAUGGUCAAUACUAGCCUGGUCCCAGGUCAGUUUGUGCUUUUGUCUACUCCAUUGUCAUUGUCAAGCUGUUUGGCAUGACAAUUCCAUAAGUAGUUGGCAAGAGAGGAGAAACAACAGAGUGGCACCCUGCAGGCUAUACAGUAGGUCAGUACAGGUACAAUCAGAAAACUACUGAUACUUCUGACAUAACAUGUAUCAGUAUACUGGGAAUGGUAUUUGUUGUAUUUUUGGUAUUUUAAACUUUAUUAGGAUCCCCAUUAGCUGUUGCAAAAGCAGCAGCUACUCUUCCUGGGGUCCACACAAAACAUGAAAUAUAAUACAGAAUGGCAUAAUACAGAACAUCAUUAGACAAGAACAGCUCAAAGACAACUACAUAAAUUUUUUAAAAAGGCACACAUAGCCUACAUAUCAAUGCAUACACACCAACUAUCUAGGUCAAAUAGGGGAGAGGCGUUGUGCCACGAGGUGUUGCUUUAUCUGUUUUUUGAAACCAGGUUUGCUGUUUAUUUUAGCAAUAUGAGUGGUAGCCUAAUACUUUGUAAUCACCACCCAAACACGUGCACAAUGGCGUGCGCGGGUUUUUCUGUGCCCGCGUUUUCCUGUUUGGGUUAUAUACUUCAAUAUGAGUUUGGACUUAUCUUUUUAGUACUUCCAUGGUCCACAAUAUGGGAACCAGUUGUUUUAGGUCCUGUGGGCCUAUGCAAUGUUUGUGUUUGACCCCAGGUGAGGGUUGCUUGAAAGUGAACAAUUUUGGUGGAAAGAAUGGACAAAUAUUUGUUUUUGAGAAAAUAUCACUGAGCCCAAAAAUGUUCUUGGUCCUGUGCACAUAUAGGCUACUAAACAUUUAUGCAUUGUCCCUUCCACCAGCACCACCAACUACUGGCGCCACACCUACCAGAGCAUCGGAGUAGGGGAAUUACUAUGCCCUACUCCGGCAAUGGAGUAGGCAAAAGCACAGCUGAAGGAAGUUCCAUGCAAUUAGGGGUCUAUAUAAUACUGUACACUUUCUUGAAUUUGUUCUGGAUUUGGGGACUGAAAAGACCCCUGGUGGCAUGUCUGGUGGGAUAAGUGUGUGUGUCAGAGCUGUGUGUAAC